GCGCGGUUUGUCCUCCGGUCAAUUUUUCAUCAGUUUCAGUUUCGUGCAUCCAACAUGGCUGGUUGUGGAGAUCAUGAAGAUUCUAGAGAUUAUUUAGGCGGUGGAAGCCGUGGUGGUAGCAGAAAACCAUUGCCCACUGAACCACCGUAUACUGCCUACGUUGGGAAUUUACCGGAUGGUAUUAUCCAAAGAGAUAUCGAUAGAAUAUUUGAACAGCAACGUGUUAAGAAUGUACGAUUGGUCAAAGAUCGAGAAACUGAUAGAUUCAAAGGAUUUUGCUAUGUCGAAUUUGAAGAUCUUCGUGAUUUGGAAGAUGCUCUUGAGCUUAAUGGACGAGUAAAAGUUGAAUCAAAUAUUGUAAAAAUUGAUGUAGCUGAAGGAAAAAGAAAUGAUAGAGGUGGAGGAUUUGAUAGAAGACGAGGCGGUGGAAAUUCAGCUGGUUCUGGAGGUGGAGGGUUUGGAUAUAAUGACCGUAGACCACAGGGAAAUAGUGGUCCAGGUAGUAGACAAGGCCCUGGCGGAUAUGGUACUGAUGCGAGAGGUAAUCGAGGUAAUUAUGGUAAUUUUCAUGAAGAUGGUCCUGGACGAGAUUGGUCUUCUCGUGGCGGUAUUGGUGGUGGAAGCUCUAGUGGUGGUCCUCCUAGAUCAAAUUACGGAGCUGCCAGUGGCCCACGACGAGGAGGGAUGUCCGGCAAUGACCGUAGCAAAUCUUUCCAGGAUGACCCAUAUCUCAAAGGACCACCUCCAGACACGACUGGAAGAAAGAAACUGGUUUUACAGAAAAGAUCAGUUCCUGAUCCUGUAAAUGCAUUAGCUGAAUCAAGUAAAGGCAGCUCGAUUUAUGGAGGAGCAAAACCUCGUGAUGAAAAAGUAGAAGCAAGUGAAAAAUAA